AUGGUACGCUGCGUCAUGGCGAUCACACUCCUAGAACUGAGCUCAGCCAAACCCUCAAACUUCAACACCGACGUACAUACGAGAGCUCGCAAAGACAAGACAAACAACGAUCAGGAAGCAGUACAAUACCGACAACUCAUCUCUAGAGCUGUAACGCAGCGUCUGCAUUCGCCAUCCCUCGAUGAUCUUACUAAGACCAAGGUGGGCGUCACACCUGUACAGUCCUUAGAAGAAUGGGAGCUGCAAGAGCGCUGCAUCGCACAGAGUAAAGCCCGGAUUGAGGCCGAAGAGCUGGGUAUCCCAUGGACACAAUUGGUCCACGAUGUCGAAAGCACCACUCUGCAAGUCCACGUCCUCACCCCAACUCGGUACGAAGUACCGCCGAGAAACAUAAACCAGAACCAAGAGGCGACUAAACAGAACGAGGAGAUGAAAUACACGUUUGGCGACUCCGAAGAUGCAGCGCGUGAUCAAGAGUGGAAGACAAAAGACGCUGCUGUAUACAACAUGUUGAGAGCUUUUCGGGGCGCGCGUUCGGGUCGCUUAGUAUGA